AGUCAGAGGACCCUCAGGCUGGGAGGUAGCGGUGGCGUUCAAAGCAGCGCGCCCCGGGGCUGUCAUUGUCGGCCGGCUUACUCACUCAGGCUUUGGCCCGAACUAGGUCACCCUCAGAAUCCUGGCAGCCCCCUGGAAGGGCGUUGGAGCGGACCUCGAGAUCUUCGGCGCGCUGACAGAAAAGCCGCGCCGCGGAGGGCCACCGGAAGCCCCGCCCCUAGGACCUCUCGGAAAGUCUCCCGAAGGAGGUUAGCACCCCCCGAGGUACCGCCCCGGGGCGGGGCCCACACGCCAUGGCCACGCCCCCGGGCGCCGACUCGGCGGCUUUGCGCUUCGGCGCCGCGGCCAGCUGGCACGUGGUGCGCGGACGCUGCGUGGAGCACUUUCCGCGAGUCUUAGAGUUUCUGCAGUCUCUGCGCGCAGCCGCCCCUGGCUUGGUUCGUUACCGGCACCAUGCACGCCUGUGCAUGGGUCUAAAGGCCAAGAUGGUGGUGGAGCUGAUCCAGCUGGACCGGCCCUGGGCGCAAGUUCUUAAUGCCCUGCAUCGCCAUUUCCCCGAGUGUGAACCUGUGGUGCGGGACCCAAAAGCUACAAAGCAGGAUCUGAGGAAGAUGGCAGAGGCAGAGCAAACUUUUCGCCAGCAGGUGAAGCAGCUCACGGAGGCUCCAGUGGAUUUGUCUUACAAGCUGCAGGAACUGGAACAGGAGUAUGGAGAACCUUUCCUGGCAGCCAUGGAAAAGCUACUUUUUGAAUACCUGUGUCAGCUGGAGAAAGCACUGCCGCCACUGCAGGCACAGCAGCUUCAGGACACAUUCAGUUGGAUACAGCCUGGAAUUUCUAUAACUUUGUCUUCUGCCUUGACCCAAUAUGCAAUGGACAUGGGGUGGCCACGUUUAGAGUGCUCUGAUACUGAUUCUUGGAACACAAUAGAGUCCACGGAGCAGAGUCCUCCUCCACAACGAAGAUCAGCACUCAACAGUCCUCUGCCAAAAGCCAUGUCCAGCCCACUCCAUCCGCAGGGCCCAGUCUCAAGGAAGCACCCAGAGCCUCUGGCUGGCCACCACUUCAAUCUGGCCCCUCUAGGCCGACGAAGAAUUCAUUCACGAUGGGCUCCCAGAAGGGGAGGCCAAAAGGCACGCCCCACAGUCAUGCUGCUCCCCUUUAGGAAUAUAGGCACAAGCCACAUCCUAUCUAAACCCAAGAACUUGCAGGAACGACUUGAGGAGUAUGGGGCAGAUCCAGCAGGUGCUGGGUGCAUGAGAGCCGGCCCCACUGAGAAGUCUCAGAAUCCAUCCCAGACCCCAGGGGAAAGGGCCCUGAAGGAGAACCUAGUUGACCCGUUUACCUCCGAACAGAAAGAGAACUGCUUGGCUUGUCCCUUGGGUACCCCAACACUGUCAAUAUCACCACCUAGGGCCGAGACACCAGCGUGUCCUUCACCUGCAUGCAGCUCUUCCAUUACCAUAGGGGACCUGGUUUUGGACUCUGAAGAGGAAGAAAACAGCCAAGGAAAGGAGCCUGUUUCUGUGUCCCUGCAACAUCCUUACCAAAAGCCUUAGCCACAUCCCCGGGACAGCAGCAGCCUCCAUCCUGCAAAGUAAGGAGGACUGUGAAGAUACAGCAUGGGUUUGCUAAGCCCGGUUAGCAAUGGCCGGCCUCACAGCUGACCCACUCUACAGCAGCCUCCAUCCCCUGCACCCCAGGCCCUACAGUGCCCUGCCCUGAGCCUUACUGAAAUGAUGUGGCCUUUGAGGCCGUGAGCGGCAUCUGCACACUCCAUCACUGCACUGAGCUGUGGAUAGCCCACCCCAGUUUUCUUCCGGGUGGUACACACGGAACCUGAGAAGAAAGACAGUAAAGUACUCUGCAUGCGUGUGUGUGCCCCAAAAAGAGCACAGUGUCCCCCCCACCCCCACCCCCAGGAACCAGUUUACCUGGUCCAAUUCCUACUUUGAUGAUGUCAGCCCCUGAGAGAAUGAGUUCUUCCACCAUCUCUCCUGUUACCACGUUUCCUGCCUGAGACAGAGUCGUCAGAACAGCAUUCUUAGUGGCAGAUGUAGAUGGGGGGUUGCGUACUCUUAUAAAUAACAUGAGUGGACUGAAACACUCCAGCAGUAUUACAAAGAAGGAUACGUGGGUGCCCUCUACUGGGCCCUCUGCAGGCUUUCACACUAGCCACUUGGAGAUUCAGCUUCCCAGCUAGAGGUGGUAUAUCUUAGGGUGGUGCCCUAAGGUUAGGCAGGAGCCCAACUCUGCGCAAAUCUGAUUUACAGUAAGUGUAUUUCCCUCUCCCUGCCAGGAGAUGCAGACACUUCCAGUAUUUAAGCUGUUAUGUCAUGAAACCUCUGGCGCAGGGGAAUGGGAAGACAGGGUAAUGUAUGCUAAUGAAAAACAAAUAAAGCCGUGUUUGCUUUUGAUGUACAAAACAGAGAUAACCCUCAAUGCUGUGAAGAGAAUGAGCCAUUUCAUCAUUCCACUAAGCUUAUAAUAAAAUGCUAUUUCAUGUG